CCUAGCGUAGGCUGUCAUAAGUUUGAGGCUUUAAAUUUAAAAAUAUGUGGCAAGUCUUUCAAUAAUACAAAAUUCGCCGUGCUCGCUCACCAAACAGCCGCAGUACACACAACUCUUCUGAGCCUCGACAUCUGGUCCUACCAACCAGAUAGGAUUCUUAGCUUCACACAAAGGAAUACAAAUACAAAACGAAACACAUCAACGAUAACAACAACAACAACUGCAAUGCUGCUCUUGGGUGCGCUCUUCAACAGUCUGCUCGCCGUGAGCUCCGGCUACGCCAUGUAUUCGUUGCAUCCACUGGAGAAGCCGUACGGCUUUGUGGCAGCCGCCUUUAGCCUGAUGCAUGGGGUGCUGGGCGUGGUGCGGGCGGCGAAGGACGACGAUGAUGAAUGCAAUCGAGUGCGAGCGAUAACUUCGGGGAUUAUGGACAUAGUACCGCUGCCGCUGGUCAACGUUGAACUCUAUUUAAGGUCCUCGAAUCCCAGCCUGGCCUUUGCGCACGGCUGCUUCAUCAUACCGCUGGGCUAUGAUCUGCUGGCGAAGUUGGCCGACACCGAUGACAGCUCGACAGAGACGCUGAAAGAGCUGACACUGCUGGGCAAUGUCGUGUCCUUGCUGUUCCUUGGUGUCAAUCAGUCUAGCAAUAUGUACGGAAGCAUGGCGGCCAUUCCGUUUGGCACACGCUACGGCUCCAUCAUACUCGACCACUAUUGGAAAGGCCUGGGCGCCGACUUUCAGCUUCUGGCCAACUCUACAUUCAUGGUACUGAUGGCCAUGACGUUGUCCGAUAAGUAGACGAGCCAAGGAGCAACACCGACAUGUUGACAUGUUUCAAUUCAAAUAAAAUUGUGCGAAUAAGAAAAUA